AUGUUUUAAUAGAAUUAGAAACCUUUAAUAUCUCCUUAUUUAUUGUAGGUAGGUAGAUUAUUAGAAGAUAAUAUAAAAUAGUAUUUUGAAAAUUAAUUUUAAUGGAAAACUAGUCAAUAUAUAAGAGAAUAAACAGAAUAAUAAUUUUUCAAAUAGGUUAAGGAUUUCUUUAAUGAAAUUUCACAAAUCCAAAAAAAUCAAAUAUAAAACCCUUCAGAAGUAUUAAAUAUUCUGAACAAAAUUUUUUCUAACUAAACCAAUAAAUUAAAAUUAUUCCUAGAUUUAUCGGAAGAAGAAUUAAACAAAUUUGCUUAAAUUCUUUAAAUUAAGUUGAUAUUUAUCUAACCAUUUAAAUUCUAAAAAGAAUUUGGUGCUUAGAUUUUCUAGAUUGCUAAAAUAAUUAUAGAAAAAAAUGAAUAAACUUAAAAAUUUUCUUGUAUAUGUGGGUUCUAAAUAUUUUAAUAAUAAAAUAAGAUCAUUUCUUAGCCUCUUUAAAGUGAUAAUAUUAAAAGAUUAAGUACACCUAAUUAAUUCAUAACUCCUUAGAAUUCUAAAUUCAACACUAGCAAUUAAAUAUAACCAGAGAAUAAUUAAAAAUUAAACACUAGUAAUUAAAUAUAACCAAACUUCAACACUAGCAAUUAAAUAUAACCAGAGAAUAAUUAAAAAUUAAACACUAGUAAUUAAAUAUAACCAAACUUCAACACUAGCAAUUAAAUAUAACCAGAGAAUAAUUAAAAAUUAAACACUAGUAAUUAAAUAUAACCAAACUUCAACACUAGCAAUUAAAUAUAACCAGAGAAUAAUUAAAAAUUAAACACUAGUAAUUAAAUAUAACCAAACUUCAACACUAGCAAUUAAAUAUAACCAGAGAAUAAUUAAAAAUUAAACACUAGUAAUUAAAUAUAACCAAACUUCAACACUAGCAAUUAAAUAUAACCAGAGAAUAAUUAAAAAUUAAACACUAGUAAUUAAAUAUAACCAAACUUCAACACUAGCAAUUAAAUAUAACCAGAGAAUAAUUAAAAAUUAAACACUAGUAAUUAAAUAUAACCAAACUUCAACACUAGCAAUUAAAUAUAACCAGAGAAUAAUUAAAAAUUAAACACUAGUAAUUAAAUAUAACCAAACUUCAACACUAGCAAUUAAAUAUAACCAGAGAAUAAUUAAAAAUUAAACACUAGUAAUUAAAUAUAACCAAACUUCAACACUAGCAAUUAAAUAUAACCAGAGAAUAAUUAAAAAUUAAACACUAGUAAUUAAAUAUAACCAAACUUCAACACUAGCAAUUAAAUAUAACCAGAGAAUAAUUAAAAAUUAAACACUAGUAAUUAAAUAUAACCAAACUUCAACACUAGCAAUUAAAUAUAACCAGAGAAUAAUUAAAAAUUAAACACUAGUAAUUAAAUAUAACCAAACUUCAACACUAGCAAUUAAAUAUAACCAGAGAAUAAUUAAAAAUUAAACACUAGUAAUUAAAUAUAACCAAACUUCAACACUAGCAAUUAAAUAUAACCAGAGAAUAAUUAAAAAUUAAACACUAGUAAUUAAAUAUAACCAAACUUCAACACUAGCAAUUAAAUAUAACCAGAGAAUAAUUAAAAAUUAAACACUAGUAAUUAAAUAUAACCAAACUUCAACACUAGCAAUUAAAUAUAACCAGAGAAUAAUUAAAAAUUAAACACUAGUAAUUAAAUAUAACCAAACUUCAACACUAGCAAUUAAAUAUAACCAGAGAAUAAUUAAAAAUUUAACACUAGUAAUUAAAUAUAAUCAAACUUCAACACUAACAAUUAAAUAUAACCAGAGAAUAAAUAAAAAUUCAGCACUGGCUAUUAAAUAUAACCAAACUUCAACACUAGCAGUUAAAUAUAACCAGAGAAUAAAUAAAAAUUCAGCACUGGCUAUUAAGCAUCAUCAAAUAUGAACUUCCAACAAUAAGGGCAACCCUUUCCAUAAUUUUAAAAAUCUCAAGCACCAUAAUAAUUUAACUAGUUUAAUGUUCCAAAUAUUUGUUAAAAGAAAGAUUACGAAGAAAAAGAAUUAAAUUAUGUUUUGUAAACAAUUUACAUUUCAGAUCAAGUGGAAGAGGAGAUUAAAAAGCCAAAUUUAAAAUUAUUUACAAAUAGCACUAGCAAUGUCCAAAAUAAUGUAACAGUUUGUGAAUUAUGUCCUGAAAAAUAAUCUGAAAACUAGAUAAAAUUACCAUGUUGUACUAAAACUGUUCAUAGUUAAUGUGUUGAAAAGGAGUUGGAAAAAUCCAAUGAUUUUUUAUGGGAUUUAAAAUGCUUCUUUUGUAAAAAUAAUUAUAAAUUCAAUUUUUUGAAAGAAAUUUUGGGAAAGAAAUUUGAAGAAAAAAUUAAAAAGUAAAUAUCUAAUGAAACAUGUUUUAAUUGUAAAGCUUAAAUCACUAUAUUACAUGAAUAAAAAAAUCAAAGUUGUUAAAUAAAUUGUUAGAAUUGCCAUGCUGCCAUUUGUUCUAAAUGCAGAAAAAAAUUUCAUUUAUCAGAUUCUAAAGUAAUAUUUUCUUAUAUAAUAAGUGUGAAGACGUUAGAUAGGAAUUUAUUAAGUCACUUUAAAAAGAUCCAUUACAAAUUAAUUUUUAAGAAUUUUUAGCUAAUUGA